AGACCCAUUCAUUGGACUUACGGAAUUUUAAUUAAAAUUCCUUUAAUCAAGAAAAUUUUAAAAUUUAAAAUUUAAAAUUUUUGUUAAUGUUACCGUUCUUUUUAACAUUCUAACCUCUGUGUAAUUUCGAAAAAAGAAGGAAUGAUGGUUUCUCUAAAAAUGUUAAUAUGGUUUUGGAAAAUUUUUUAUAUAUUUUGUGGGUCAGAUUUUCACAGUAACAAAAUUAUUUCUAAAAUUACUUUUGGCAGUUGCAAUAAACACGAUCACGAUCAACCAUUGUGGAAAAAAGUAAGAGAACAAACUCCAGAUUUAUGGAUAUGGUUAGGAGAUGCUGUUUAUGCUGAUACACGAAUAUUACCUUUUUUAUGGGUUCAUUCAUCCCUGGAAUCAAUGAAAGAAAAGUUUAAUUUGCAAAAAGAAAAUCCUAAUUAUAAAUUACUGUCAGAUGAUGGUAUUCCUAUUAUCGGUACAUGGGAUGAUCAUGAUUAUGGUUUAGAUGGUGUUGGCAAGGCAUUUAAGUAUCGUUUCCAAUCACAGAAUUUGUUCCUGGAUUUUCUCGACGUGCCUAUAAACAGUGCUCUUAGAACAAGAAAAGGGUUGUACUCAUCACAUACAUAUGGGACUGGUGAUCAAAUAGUAAAGGUAAUUUUACUGGAUGUAAGAAGUCAUCACACUAAAGGUUGGGAUUGUGAAGUGUUAGGGGAAGAACAAUGGGUCUGGCUUGAAAACCAGUUAAAUGACAACACUUCAAGAGUUAUUUUUAUAGGGUCAGGAAAGCAGGUACUCUCUGAUAUACCCUUUAUUGAUAAAUGGAUGAGUUGUCAAUCAGAUUUGGACAGAUUAAUUUGGUUGGUUCAAAAACGAUCACAGGUUUUAUUUUUAAGCGGUGAUGUUCACUUUUCAGAAGUAAACUGUUACAAUGCAACUAGUACAGGCUAUCCAUUAUAUGAGGUGACAUCAAGUGGAAUGACUCAUUCUUGUUCUGCUUCUUUAUUACCUACUGGUGUGUGUGAUUGGACUUUAAAGAAUGUUGUUGCGUCUCGUUAUCGAGUUUCAAAUGUUGUUACUGAUAAAAGUUUUGGAAUGAUACAAAUAGAUUGGAGCUCGUCGCCUGUGAAGUUUACUUUCACGUUAAUUGGGGAAAAUGGGGUAAUCUCUCAAAUGCUAUUAUCUUCGGAUGACCUCAUACGGCGUCGUCAUCCUACUGCCUGUCCAGCUGCUCUAGAACAGCCAAAUUAUUAUUGGAAGCGUGUGUUUUGGAUAACAGUAGUGUUAAUUGGGGUUUCAACUCUUUUAACUUUCUUAAGGGUUCUAUUUUUGCUUUGUCGUUGGAUUAUUCUUCGUUUAUUAAAAGAUCUCGAUAUGAAAAUUAAAAGACGAAUUAAAAAAAUUCGCUUGCUACUUCCGAGCUCUGCAUCCUGGAAAAGAAACAAAGUUCACGUAGAAUAAUAUUUUAUAGUAUAUAUUAUAUAGUUUUAAUAUUUUUUAGAGGUACUUAUAUUUUUGUAGAUUUUAGAAUAUUUUUUAUUAAUAAAAUUGCUAUAUUUUAAAUUGUGAAGAUAAAUUGAUUGACUUAAAACAAAGUCUUUGUCGGAAAUAUAUUUGUGUGUGUGCAGCCCGUUGA